GAGAUACCUAAGUGUACAUAGGUUUUUCGUAACCUCAUCACUGUCUCAUUGAGGCUCAUUCCCCAGGUACCCUUGCAAAGCUAUCCGGAUGUAAUCAUUUAUCUUCUGUCUCUACUUAUUAAUAGCAAAGCGAACGACAAAAUAAAUCUAUGUAAUUCUAUUUUCACGUGCUGAAGAGUCAUCUUAAUAGAGAGAUCUUCAUGAAAGAAGACCAGCCAUCUCAAAAAUUAUACGAGAAAGACAUCAUGGCAAACCCUAAGACCGGCGCUCAUGGAUAUCUCACUACACAUUUCGCCAACCGAUCCCGCGAACAACAGAGCCAGGGAUGGUCAGAGCUAUGGGAGUCUGGCCAGACGGACUUUUGGGACCGCGGCAAGCCAUCACCUGCUCUGAUUGACUUUAUCGAGUCAGCCACGCUACCUCGUCGGGACGGAAGGCGUCUUAGAGUGCUGGUUCCUGGAUGUGGGAAAGGAUACGAUGUAGCUAUGUUAGCUCUACACGGAUUUGAUGUCUGUGGCCUCGAAGUAUCCGAACGGGGAGCCGAAGUUGCCCGAGAGUUCACGACAUCUCAACUUUCCAACCCAAGUGAACUGAACUUUGGAUCAAAGUAUACCCAUUCGAUGACUGGGUGUGUUCAGAUUAUUGCAGGCGACUUCUUCAAACGAGAUUGGGAAAAGCUGUGUUUCGAAGGGGAUACCACCGGGUUUGACAUUAUUUACGACUACACUUUUCUUUGCGCCCUCCUUCCAGUAAUGCGAAAAGACUGGGCUCAUCGUAUGAGCGAGCUGCUCGCCCCAGAUGGCAUACUAGUGUGCCUUGAAUUCCCUCUCUACAAGGACCUAAACGAUAUUGGCCCUCCAUGGGGGCUCAGUGGUGUGCAUUGGAACAUUCUAGCGCGAGGCGAAGAUGGAAUCAUCAGCGAACCCGGGGAACAAGGUGAGCCAUUGAACGGAAAAUUUAAAAGGACCUCGUACUUCAAGCCGCCGCGGUCUUACGAGAGUGGAAGGGGAACGGAUAUGGUAAGUGUCUGGAUGCUCAAAAAGUAGGUAGACAACAGUAAACCUGGAAAUAAUAUCCAAAAUACAUCGAUAGAAUAACUUAAAUAUUAAAAAAAAAAAAAACAAUAUACCUAUCACUACCAUAGUCAAA